AUGAGUGCGCUAUCCAUGGCCCGCUCCGCAUCGGCGGGUCAUUCCUUAGCCUCUGCUUCCACCUCUGUCUCCACACCGGCCUCUUCUCAUCCCUCCUCAGCUUCCAGUCACGUCAAUGUGGAUCUUCCCAACGAGCUUCUCCGCCACAUUUUCCUGUAUUGCGAUCCUGCCACUCUCUACACCGGAGUGCGCGCGCUCAACAAGUCUUGGAAGCACACCGUCGAACACGACCUCAUCGGCAUCCACUUUGCCAACCGAGACUGGCGAGUUGGUCUCCGCGUCACUCGCAAGCUUCCCAGCACCCUGACCGAGGAAGAGGUUGCCGACGCUCAGCGACAGCAGACGGACGAGGACCUGUACCGUCUAAACGUCCUCAAUCGUGCCGGCGCCAGGGAGCCGUUCAACAUCAAUGCGAAGCCUCGCACCGUGACGCACGUCAUUCCGCUUGCUUUCAAAGGCUACGACGAAGACAAUGUAUCGCUGCGCUUCGAUACUGAUUCUACCUGGCACUCGCUCUUCCAAGUAUCGCCGCCUGAAUCCGACGAAGAAGGAGCUGCGCAGAACAAUGCCGCACCGGCCGCUGGGAACGACGAUGGCUCCGACGAUUCCGGUAGCAGCGACGAAGAAGACGAGACGGAGACGCAAGCCGCGAACGGCGGUGCUCCUAGUCCCGCCAACGCCGGACGCCAGCGACGCGAGGACUUCGGCGCCGCCGCCGCUCGUGCACGCGCCAGAGCCGAGUCUGCCAGGCUGGAACUCGAUUUCGGUCUCGUGUGGCGCUUCCCAGAUGACGGUCAAGAUGCGGAUGUCUACCAGAUCAAGAAAGGCGAUGCCGAAUCUUGGGGACAGCCCGACCCCGAGAACGGCUGGUUGAGUCGUUUCUAUUGCUCCAAUUUUGACACGGUGAGCUCGGCGACGACGUCGAGCGCACCUUCGGCCGCACCUUCAGGGACUGCUUCGCCUGCAAUGCUCCAGUCGACGCCAUUGACACGAAGGUCGCGAAGCAGCCGUUUGCACUCGGCCGUCGAGAGACGUAUGCACGAUGUGGUCGACGACGACGAGGACGAAGGCUUCUCGCCAGCUCAGAUGAUCUGGAGCGACGAAGGUCACGAGUACAUGUCGCUCGAUCUCCUCCUUGGCAUGGAAUUCUUCGUGCGCCGCUCGGCGCGUGCCAAUCAGCUAGUGCGAAGGCUCGAAGCGGCUGCCGCUGCAGCUGAUGCGCGCGACGUGGUUGCUCAGCUCACUCGCAAGCUCAAGAAGGGCAAGAAGUCGGCAAGGAGAUCAGGCCUGUCGAGCCUGAACCCGUCGGCGGCUGGCUCUGUAGCAGGAUCCGGAUAUGCGACCCCGUUGGAAAUGGCAAGCCCGCCUCCAUCGCGCAUGACGGCGGCUACCGAUCCGCGACGUCGUGCGAUGCAGAAUGCUCUUAGCAAGGAAGCUCACAGAGGUUCGUCCACCUCGCGGCUCGCUAGCGGGAGCUCUCCAUUGAAAGGCAAGGAGGCGGCCAAGGAUGACGACGACGACUCAGCUGACGAGAAUGAGGGCUUCAAAACACCGGACCAACCCGCCUCCGCGCCCACCUUCCUUGCGCCGUCGAUGAUGCCGUCUCGGUUCAACUCGGUGGCACCUUCGAGGCAAGGCGGUGGCAGUGUAGGCACGGCGUCCUCUUACGGAACCAAAUCACGAGCAGGCAACGGCAGUCGAGCCGGUGGCAGCAGCGCGCCCCGCGCCACAUUCCAGGCCAAGUUGCUGCGAGCUGAACGCAUGCCUUCGCGCCCGUCUACACCUCCGCCCGCUGGCGAGGAAGAGUCGUCCGACUCAGCGACCGCCAAUACAACCCCAUCGGAUCGAGCGGGUUGGACGGGCGGCGACAAGUUUGGACGUGGCGCGUACCGGUUGGCUCAGGAAUGGUCGGAAGAACUGGAAUCAGACAAGUUCCAGGAGGCCUUGUCGAAUAGCGGUGUCACCACGCCUGUGACUUGGACGUGGUCCAGGUAG